AUUUUCUUUUUUUACUUUGGUUCUCCAAACCGUUUUUCACUUGACCUAUCAACCAACACUGUCCCCCCCUUUCCCUUCUCUCUCUCUCUCUUCCUCUUAAUCUAAGCAAACCCCACAACCAUCAAACUCAUGAUCAUCACUGCCACUACUAUAUCAUAUACCUGCCUACACAACACACCUUUCUCUUUCUCUAUAAAAGUGUUUGUAUUUCUGUACAUCACCCCACUUGGAGAAAUUUACUCUUGGUGCCUCUCCCUUUCAUAGGGAUUUUAUUGUGGGAUCAGUGAGUUUCGAACCCCGAUAAAUCAAUAAUUACAUAGCUAUGAGGAAACCUGCUGAUCCUGCAGCCAAGGGCAAUAACGGAAAUGGUGGUGGUGGUGGUAACGUUAAUGGCGGUGUAAAGCUUAGGAAGGGUUUAUGGUCACCUGAAGAAGAUGAUAAACUCAUUAACUAUAUGCUUACUAAUGGACAGGGUUGUUGGAGUGAUGUAGCAAGGAAUGCUGGGUUGCAGAGGUGCGGUAAGAGUUGUCGGCUUCGUUGGAUUAAUUACCUCAGGCCUGACCUUAAGCGUGGCGCUUUCUCGCCUCAAGAAGAGGAGCUCAUCAUUCAUUUGCAUACCCUUCUUGGCAAUAGGUGGUCUCAGAUUGCGGCUCGUUUGCCUGGAAGAACAGACAACGAAAUAAAGAAUUUCUGGAAUUCAACUGUAAAGAAAAGGAUGAAGAGUUCAUCAACUUCAUCCUCACCCAAUGCUAGUGAUUCAUCCUUGUCAACCGAGCCGAGAGAUGGAAUGGUGGGAGGAUUCAUGGCCAUGCAAGAUCCAUGCAGCAUCAUGGCCAUGUAUGUGACCAACAACAACAACAACUCCACCUCACCAACAUCCUCAUCCUUGCAACCCAUGGUUACUCUAAGUCAUCAUGAUCAUCAUCAUGAUCAUCAUCAUGGUACCAUGGAUCAUCAUCAUCAUCCUUUUCCGAACAUGGUAAAUCACAACACUACUACCACUACUACUACUGCUACUACGACUAAUAAUAUAGACAUGCCUUGUUGUGGUAAUAAUGGGUAUUUGGAUGCAUCAUCAUGCAUGAGUAUGGCACCAUUGCAUGGCGAUGACCAUGGAAUGAUGUGUGGGAGUUAUGGUAUGCUUGGAGGUUACAACCAUGAUAAUAAUUAUGGGUUAUUACAAGGGGAGCUAUCUAUUCCUUCUUUGGAGACCAUAAGCAUUGAAGAAAAUACUCAAGUUUCGGAAAAUAUUGUUUUUGGUAGGAACAAUAAUACUACUAUUAGCAACCACAAUCAUUUUGACAACAAUGGGAGCAAUAAUCAUCAUUUUGAUGAUCAUAACAACCACCACCACCACCACCACCACCACCACAUGAUUAGCACCACCAACGCCACCGCUACCAACACUCCUCUAAACAACUCCAUUAUUAGCGGUGUUAAGAAAUUCGAGGCGGUGGUUCCCGGUGUUGGAAACAAUAAUUGGGAUGGAGGAGAAUGGGAUUUGGAGGAACUUAUGAGGGAUGUUUCUUCCUUCCCCUUUAUUGAUUACCAAGUUGAAUAAUGAUACCCUUUUUCCUAUCCUUUUCCUUUCCUUUUCCCUUUUCUUUUUAAAUAUUCCAAGCCAAUUUCGUUUUCUUUUGAAAAUUACACAUCAAUUGAGCCUCGUAUAAACGGAUCGGGAUUCUUUCCAGUAACUGGGCGAACUAGACUGUCCAGUUGUGUUCUUGUAAUUAGUUCAUCGAGAGGCGAAGCUUAUCAAAGGUUUCAUAAUUAAUAAGGUCAUCAUCUACAAAAUUAUAGCUAGAUAUAUAUAGGUCACAAUAUACUCGAUAUAUAUAUAUAUACACACACUUUGUAACUAAGGGGACAUAUGUAUGGUGUUUUUUUUCCGAUUCUUGAUCAAAAUUCGAUGUAAGUUCCGAAUAAAUGUUUCAUGUAAUUUGUGAAGAUCGAAGAUAUGUGAAUAGUCAUAAAGCUAUACAAAAAAAACUCAAAGCUUUUUUAGGGCAAGUAGUUGGUAGGAAAAAACCCUAGUCAUGUAAGAAAAUCAUUUGUACAAAAAAUUGUUGAGUCAUGUAAGUUUGUUAUUAGUGGGCUGCAUGUUGGAUUGUAAUACACAUUGAUGUGAAUAAAGACUCUUUCUUUCUCA